AAACCGGCCAUCCCACUUGGCUCUGCCCGCCUCUUCCGCCAGUGAACGACGGCGGAGCCGACUCGGCGCUGCCGGCUUUGGGCAGCGGCAAUUCUUCUCCUUGUCCCUUCGGCGGGAUGGAGCAGAGGCUGGCCGAGUUCCGGGCGAAUCGCCGCAUUUCCAGCUCCCAGACUCGCACUGCAACCUCUUCGGGAAAACCUGCCGCCUCUGUGGCCGGGGAGCAGGCCUCAGCCCAGGCUCCAACGGAGGAAUCCAGUCAAAAAUCAGAAAGCCAUGAGGCCCACGUCAUUACAUCUCCUCUGCCAUGGUGGACCCAUUAUGUACUAAAGAAUGAAAUCUAUCUCAAGUUUCUUCUCUGGUUGGUCCUACUUGGACUGUUUGUGGAACUGGGUUUUGGUUUGCCCUAUUUUGUCCUGUCUAUGUUAUAUUGGAUCUAUGUAGGAACUCGUGGUCCUAGGGAAAGGCAGCCUGGAGAAAAAAGUGCAUAUUCUGUAUUUAAUCCUGGCUGUGAAGCUAUCCAAGGAACCCUCACAGCAGAACAGUUUGAGAGGGAAUUACAGUAUCGGCCUUUAAUUGAGAGAUAAAUAGGGCUAAAAUUCAUUAUUGUGUACUUAACUUGCCCAUGAAUUAUAGUGAAUAAUUUGUUCAAUUUCUUGUGAUAUUCUGCAACUUUUUUAAAAAAAAAAACACCUGCAGUUGUGCAUCCUGUUUGUAAUGUUAAGAGAAAGGAUGGUUAUAUAAAGACAUAGCCAAACAUCCAUUGUUAAGCUCUUUGAACACCUGGAUAGACAAAUAAAAUGAAGAAAAACUUAUCCAGAUAGUUGUGUGUAUGUUUCUAAUGAGAAGAAGGUUUGGAAACAAUGUCAUACCUAUAACUAUUAGGAUACUGGAGCCUUAAAAUUGGAAACGUGUUACUUGCUCCAUUUUCUCACAAAGCAGCCUAAGAGUAUUCAACAAACUUUCUUUGACUUUGAAGUAGAGGGUUUAAUAUAGACUAGUUCACAAAUUAAGCUAGGUUAUAUUGUAGAGUUUAGCUUUGUAUGUUAAAUAAACGCAAUUUUAGAGUCAGACCAUCAGGGUAUUUUUUAAGUCCCCGUGAUUUCAGUACGGUAUGUUUACUUGAAGUAUGAAUUUAUCUAGAUUCAGUUUAGUGUUUCGUAAUGUACUUUAUAUCCGUACUGUGCUAUCUAAAUAUAGUAUCUUUUGAAAUAAACAAGUAACAAGAACAUAUUUAUAUGUUACAUAUUUAUAUAUUGAUCUUUACAAAGAAAACUGAUUUCCAUGUUUUAAUCUUAAUGUCAUCUAUAUUUGACACCAAUGGAGCCAUUCUGCAAUAGGGUAGCACUUCCUCAUUUUUAUUUGUCUCAAUGAUAGGGUAUAGACAUUUGCAUAUCAUGUAUAAUUUUCAUCCAGUCUAGAUUAAUUUAUAAAUUUGCAGGCAAGAUUUUUGAAAUUCAGCAAAUUUAUUCAAGACCAAGUAUACAGUACUGGCAUUUAAUACUAACAUUCUAAUCAAUAUCUAUACACGGCCAAACUUUUUUCUCUAAGAUUAUUGAGAUUCCCAAUUCUAAAAGCAUUCUUUUUGUAAGUAGUAUAAGCAACCUUUUCAUACAUAAGCAGUCUAAGGCUUAAAUAUAUCAAAUGAAUGUGGAUUCAUUUACAACUGUAAAUGUACCUAUGACCAUUUGUUCAGUGAUCAAAGUUAUGACAGUGCUGAAUGAAUGACUGGUCCUGUUUCAGCCAUCCUAGCAACCUCACAAUCAUGUGAUCGUGAUCUGACACAACUGGUUGCUCAGUGCUCUGUGAUCUUGUGAUUGCAAACUUCCCUGCUGGCUUCUCUACCAACCUCCCUCAUCCAGCAGUAGCCACUUAACCUGGGACUUAUAUGUUCUUGCUGGCUUCCUCAUUGAUUAUGAGAAGCUGGCAGGAAAUUGCCUCGCAUAAGAAACAUGGGAUUCAGUUAAUGGCAGCAACCUGGAUUGCCAUUGCUAAGCACUCUGGAUGCUCUUUGUGCUUGCAUUGCUUAGUGAUAUAAUUUCCACUCCCAAUUCCCAUUUUCAAGGACUGCCUAUAAUUUGGGUUUGCUUGUUUGUGCCUUUGAAUCUGUCGUGAUUCCGGGUGACUAUAUGGAUAAGGCCAUGCAUUUUUUCUUGGCAAGAUUUCAGAAAUAGUUUGCCAUUUCUUGCUUCCUAGGCUGAGAGAAAGUGAGUGGCCCAAGUUACUCAGCUGCUUUUUUUUUUUUU